GGAGAAAUAUUAAAAGCGAAAUAUGAGCGAAGAAAAUUUGGAAGAAUGGGAUGCAAGUUUCUUGGAGGAACUUAUUCAAGUUGAAGAGUUUGCUCUUUCUUGUUCUUAUGUUAACCAAAACAAUCGCACUUCUUCUUUUUCUUCUUCCUAUUUACCGCCGGAGUCGCCUCCAUCGUCAACCCCUGAAUUUUCUGUCGCCUCCAUCUCGAACUGAUUCCAUCUCUUACUCGCCUCCGAGAGAGCUCUCCCAGAUACCAAUAGAUUUGGGUGACGCCUCGAAUUCGAGUGGCUUUAUUGCUAAAUGUGCCACUCAUUCGACUCCGGUGCGUCGCGAUGGAAGUUCUGCUAACGCUGAGGAUCUCGAAAUCGAGCUCCUAAAGAAGGAGUUGGGUCGUGUUUCAAGGCAGCUUGCAGACCUGGAACAUGAGUGUUCAGAACUUAAGAAGGAAAGAAACAAGGAGGAUCAUGCUACAGUUUCCAAUUCAAACAAUGAGGCGAAAGUUGCUAAUUUGAAAGACAUCAGCUUCAAUGACAGAGAACAUGGAGUCCCUGUAGCCACUCAUGAUGGGGUUGUACAAAAAAUUCCUAAUAGAAAAUCUUUCAACGAUCAGAUUGGUCUACGUACAGAGAAGUUGCUGGACAUCUGGGGUUUGCUAAGCGAGCAAAAGUUUGGAAGAAAUCUAAUAUCCAAGUUAUUUGCAGUUUGUUCUGAAGAUAUUGAUGUCCUGUGUGGGUUCAUUAACAGUGAAACUACAUUCGGUUAAGAGCUCUGUUGACAUGGCUAAUGAAGAGCUCCAUUCAUCCUUUUCUUAGUGCAGAAGCUGCAAAAGUAUCUCAUUUCUAAUCUGCUCUG